GUUGUUGGUAAACUCGUUAUUACAGCAAGUUGAUAAACUACUCGGCUGAGGCACAUUGAAGGACGCAGUUCUUGUGUGUUGGUGAUCAAGAAGUUCAGAAACAUGUUUGUAAUCUACACGUCGUGAGUGCAAAUAGAGAUGAAAGAACUUUUGCUCCUCGUACUACUUUAUGCUGACUACACCUGGGUUACAUCUCAAGCAGAACUUUGUUCUAUAAGUCCUAGUAUCAGAUUUCCGUUAGAUCUACUCAAGAAACAUUAUGAAUAUAAUUACCCCCGCAUACCUCUAGACAAAAACUUACCAAUGUUAAACCAAGGGGAAUGUGGCGUUUCUAAAAACGACCAAUCCAAGCAGAUUAUCAAUGGAAAAGAUGCUCCAGCUAACGCCUGGCCGUGGCAAGUCUGGGUGGUAGGUGCUGCAGGUAUGUGUGGAGGUUCUAUCAUUCACCGUCAGUGGAUCGUGACGGCUGGUCAUUGUUUCGAAGGCGAAAAUGUUGUUAAAGUCUAUUACGGAAGCAACAAUAAUCGCAAUAAUAAUAUUACAAUGACAGACCGACAAAUUCUGCUCAAAAGAGAUGAUGAUGCUUCUGCCAAAGACAUAGCCCUUUUCAGACUGACUUCACCAUUGUUGUUUUCCGACUCAGUUCGACCGAUUUGUUUGCCGGAGGGAAACGUUUGGGACGCCUCGCCAUGUUUCGGCACAGGUUGGGGGUUGAUGUCUGAUGGAAAAUUACCUGACAUUCUCCAACAAAUUCGUGUCAAAAUUUUGAAUCAAUCUGUCUGCAAGGCUUUCCAGGGAAUUUAUGCGUUUUUGGAGCAAGUCAACAAUUAUUUCUGUACUGAGGCCGUGGACACGCCCAAUGGAGAAUAUGGAGGACCAUCCAAUGGAGACUCAGGUGGGCCCGUGACUUGCCUGAAGAACGGCCGCUACUACUUGGUUGGAGUUUUUGCGGCUAUGAUACCGGUAGACGGAACUUAUAUGGGUUUUGCAUCGACUGUGUCUAGAAAUGUCGACAUAAUAAACGCGUUGAUUCGUCAGUUUUCGUAGGUACAUUAUAUGUACUUGAUGUUUGUUACGGAACUAUUGACGUACUGGUUUAGUGCUUUUGUAUCGAGAUUAUAUUCAUCACAAGAAAUGUUCCUUGGCAUGAGCUUGUUAAUCCCGUCAUUAUGACUUUCGUAUUUAUUUUUGUUUUCACCCCGACUACCAUAGUAAAUGAUUGGCAUUCAUAUAGGUCCCAAGUAAAUUCCGUGCGAGAAAUGUGACAAUUUUACGGCUUAUUAUUACCUAACAUACACAGGGAGGGAAAGAAAAACAACGAGGUAGAAUAGAAGAAAGAGAUAUAGAGAAAGGGGGAAGUGAGAGAGAGGGAGUAAAAACAUAAGGAGAGAUCGUGUGAGGGAGAAUGAGAGAAAAGGAUCAGGAGAAGAGAUUGAGUGAGAGAAAUUAGAAAACCUUUGAGGGUGAGAACGAGAGAGUUGGAGAAUGGGAGAAAGGAAGAUUGAUACAGAGAUGUAAAAACGAGUGAUGUG